AGAGAGAUUUUUUUCCGCUGCUCUUCGCGUGGCGCGCACAGCUCCGCCGGCCGCCGCUUCGUUCGGCGCGCGCUCCUCCGCUACUUAGUCUGUCGCGCGCGUGCUCACGGUCUACAGUGUAUCUCCUCGAACUCUGUGUGCUCUUGUGUGUGCAGUGUAUAUAUAAUAUAUUCUCGCGCUUUCCUCUCUGCAGCGUAACUCGCUCUGCAGUCGGUCUGCUGUUGUGACAGGUGCGCGCUCAUCAAUCUCAGUUCACGCUCGGAAGUGCGUGUGUCACGUGUGCCCUUGAAAAGUGUCCUGACUCGUACCUACUGUGUAAACUGAAGUGAGUGUGUGCUCAGCGCGGUGAUUACGACUCUGUGCCCUCGUUUUUUACGCUAUUUUUCCCCCUUCGCACGCACGCAGUCCGCGAAGCCCUAUGCGGGGGAGAUUUAAAACACGAGUAACGGGGCUCCGAACGAGUUGACUCUUUCACACCUGCGCCUCCUCGCACACACGAAGCUUCGCGCCCUGAAAUGAGGUUACACGACACCGAGACGAGACGAGGCUUGCAUUACCAGGCCCAUCAGCAGCGGACGACGGGCACGAGCAAGAGGCGUAUUUGAUCGAGCCGGCCGACUCGUUGAAAAGUGCACGUGAGAUGCUACCGCUCAUCUGAUAAUUGGACGUCGCCUCCAACCGCUCUCUCCGCUUCUCGGACGGCAGAACGACGAGGCCGAGGAUCGCGACAAAGCACGUCAGUUUUGUUUCUCCUUCUGCGCUCGCCUUUGCGUUGGCUUUGGCUAUUGCUUAUUCCUUGUGUUCCGCUGCGAGAGAUAAACUAGUGAUGGAUUAGUAACGAGAGUUUGAUGACGAAUUUUUUGCUGUUCUUGCCGAGAAGACUGUUGCGGAAAGACUGCAGUGGAGCGCGCUUUCUCGGUGUGAUCUGAUGGGCGAAUUGUUGUUUUGCAGAUUGGAAAUGAGCAGUUCAUUGGAACGGGAUUACGAUGAAUUUGAAUUUUCGAGGGAAAAUCAGCUUGAAGCGGCCAACGUAGAGGGGAAAUUGCAAAAAUUGGGCAACAAAUCGAACCCUGAAGAGGAAAACCAGCACAGGUGCGAUAUCUGCGAUCAAAAGUUUCCAAACAAAAAGGACCUGCAGGAUCAUUUUACAAAACAUCUUGGCAAUCCACGAGUGGUGCUCCAGAGGAUUGUUGAUCAGAAGCUCAGCUGCUCAACUGCAGUUAAGAAAGAACAUAUCGAUAAUUACUGGCUGGGUGAAGAACAAAAAGGCAACCUGAAGAUUACACUGAAGAGACAGAGUCCAGUGGGUGACUCCCUGAAGCUAACGUUGAAGAAGUCACCAAAAUCCGAGGGCUUCACUGUUGUCAGCAGAAACUGUGGUUCGAUCGAGCAAAGUAUUAAAAAGCAAAACGCACUGGCUGAAACACAAGAAAAUGACAACAAGAGUGACUCGGAGGAGGAAAAAGCCACCGAACAAAACUUUGAAAACGUGAUGCUGAACCAAGAGAAUACUUAUGAUGAUGACAAUGACAAUUUUGAGUCUGGACCUGAUCAUAAUCCACUGGAAAGUUCCGAAAGACCUUUAAUGGAUAAUGUCGAAGGAGACUCUGGUGUUGGAAGUGAUUCUGUCCAUUUACCAGAGAGAGAAGAGCAAAAUGAAGAUGAUGGAAAUGCAGACAAUAAUAGUAAUUUGGAUCAAGCCGAGUUAGCAGGAAAUGAAGAUCCUGAAGAGUCUGAUGCAUUGGAAGCAACAUGUAGAGAGACAAUAGAAAAUCUGAAGAAAUUGGGCGAACAUUCAAGGUUCAUUGGUUCCAGAUCAUCUGAUCUUCUUAAUCUCACGGAAACCCCAGCAAUCGAGGAAGAGGAAGAAGAAAACGACGAUGCUGAGAGUAACCGUGCGUCAUGCGUGAUCGAGGAGCUCCGCGGUAACAGCGAAAUUAGUAUAGUCCCGAAAUCGGCUCUUAUGCCGGGGCCCUCGACGUCCUCACCAAGUCGUUCAGAGACAGACAUCGUCCCCAUCGGUGGAAGUUCUAAUUCUAGUUUCAAUUGGAAUAAGAUUACAGAGGACUCGAGCAGUAGCAAGAUCAAAGACGAUGAAGCACCAGAGAAAGAUACUCCCGACAACACCGAAGCCGCGGGCUCUCUUCUCCAGAACUUCCUCCUUGAGCAUCAGCGCAAUCAGAACGAGUCGAACCUAUCAAGCAGCGCGCAGAACUUCGAGACCGAGUAUGUUUCGUUGGAAAGGCUCGCGGAAACCGUCAACACCUGUCGCGUCUGCAAUGAGAAGUUCAAGGACAUGGCACACCUGGACGCGCACAGAUCUAAGGCAGGACACUACCAAUGCACUGUGCCUGAUUGUAGCGCACUAGUGUUUACGAGUCUCGAGACGAUGGCAAUUCACAAGUCACAAGUCCAUGGGGCCCCCAUUUCACCGGGUAUUACUGUGUCUCCACGUCGCUUAGCUUCAAACUCGCCACAAGCAGCGAAUUCGCCCACUUUGAGUCAAACGUCGCCGCGUACGAACACGCGCUCGCCGCACUCACCGUCUUUUUCAGCCAGGAGGCACUCACCUCACACCAACUCGCCUACUUACAAUAUGCCUGGUGCCUCUACUUCUCAUGCCUCCUCGCAUGCUCCGGUUCCAGGCUUAGAGCAUUUGACUGCACCAAUGCAGCAGUUAGCACAACAGGUGCAGAGGAUAAGCGUGCCUCCUGCAAUGCACAUAUCCGCACCAGGUGGUUUGCUCCAAGGGCCUGGAGGUGGUUACUAUCAAGGACCUGGAAGACCACCUAUGUACAGAAAUUCUAUGAAUUUCCCUUCAUCAAUGAUGCAAAUGUAUCAGCAGUAUGCAGCCAAUCAGUAUCAGAUGCAGUGUCAGGUACCAUUGCAACCACCAACACCCCAACAAGCAACCAGAGGGAGAUAUCCUGGUGUUGUGCCAGGGCAAAGGCCUACAAGAAUGCCUACUAUACCACCUGCAAAUCUAAACAACAUGCACAGAACACGUGCAAAAAGGCCUAUGCUACCACCAUCAUCGCAAAUUCCGCAACAGAUCCAACCGCAGGUUCAACAGCAGUUGCAACAGGCAACCACUGGUGGUAGUGCACCCAAGCAGAGACGCAUGGAUGUGUUACUGCCAGAUCGCAACGAAGACGCUGACUGCCAUGUCAUUGCCCAGCAAAAGAGGAAUGAUGGUCUACCUGUUAUACAGAAUGUCCAAGGUGGUGCUACCCUACAACCAUCGACCAGCAAUGACUCCACCAUUCAUCUUACUGAUCAAAUAACUCUUAGUGUGAGACAACCUGGUCCUAAUCCAGCACAAGUCAACGCAAUGGUACAAGGUGCUAAGAAGCCUGAUGCUUCAUCAGUAGCCAAUGUUCUGGCUUCUCGUGGUAUCACAGUUACUCCAGCUACUAACAACAAGAAGUCUCAGGACCAGCCGCAGCCAGGACCAAGUGGUAUGCAACAGCAGCAGCAAAAGUCUCCACAGCAACAGUCUCAGCAGCAGCAGUCUCAACAGCAACAAGCUCAGCAGCAACAAAGGCCUUUAAAUGUACCAGCUUUGAAUCUGAGUUCAGCAAUAUCAAUCAUACCGACUGCAAGUGCACAAAGGAGACAGCAAGAACAACCAGUACAGUUUGCUGUACCCCAGAGCAGACAAGCGACAAGCGAAGUAGAAAGGCCACCUAGACCACCUACAGUUGACCUGACACAAGAUCCACCUCCACAAGCUCAUACUCCAGCUAGAAGAGGCCGUCCACCUAACUUACCUAAUCCAAAUCAAUACCCUGCUGCUAAUAGAAUGCACGCAUCACUAACUUGCCAAGUGUGUGACAAACGAUUUCAAAGCCAGGAAUUGUUAGCUCAGCACAUGGCAACACAUAGACAAUCAAACAAAUUAAUUUAUAAAUGUGGACUUGGAGGUUGCACAGCAGCAUAUCCGUCACUACUCGCUCUCAACGCUCACAGGACGUCCUUCCAUAGGGAAACGAUACAUCCCAAUCCGCCCUCUCAACAAAAUGGCAAUGUCGAGCUUGCACUACCGGUGGUAGACCUUCAAUCGACUAACACGCUAACGCGACUACACAACCUGGGCAUUGACAGCUUUAUACCUCUUUCGCAGCUUAGUGCUCAAACUAGUGGCUGCUACGGUUUACCUAUUAUUUCGAUAGACGGCGCACGAAAUCCGGCAGUAGCUAAUCUUGCCGCGUUAGGCGCAACUUCGAUCCUGAGUCUUGGACCUCUUAGGCAUAUCAAUUCUAAUAAUAAUAGGUAACUGAAGAAACGAUAAUGGAUAAAGCUGCUCUAGGUAGAUAAACAUGAAUGCAUUCGUUUGAUCUCUUAAAAGUUAAAACUUAAAUGGUAAAGCGAAAAAUAACAUUCAUAGUGUUUUGUAAGAUAAAGUUCGCAGGCAAUUUUACAACAAAUUAGCUUUAUGCAAAGAAUCAAAUUAUUUUCUUUAUAUUUUUAUUUUAUGAACUUUCAUUGCUUUAAAUCAAAAGUUCCACAAACUAUAAAGAGUUCAUUCGUGAUGGACGUUUUAAAACUAAUGAAUUUUAGAAAUCAUGUGUAACUUAUGUUUAAAAAUAAUACAAUUUAUCAGAGAUCGAUCUAGUAAUUUUAAUAUACGAUAAAGUAUUGCCAAGGAUAAAUUUUUUGUACGAUUUAUAGCGUGUACUUAUAAUGUGCGCAUACAACUAAAAAUGCCAAAUCAUGAAAGUGGUUCAGAAAUCUUGUUUAUCGUAAAUAUUAAGAUUGAGAUUUCAAACCCAAAAAAAGAAUCAAUAUCCAUGACGUUUAUUACUUUCGACUUUUUUCAAGAUUGCAAUAUCUUAUAUCUUUUAUACAAUAACUAAUAAUUUAUAAGACGGCACGAUCAGUAUUGUUAUAAAUUUUCCGAGAAUUGAGAUGCUUAAAAGAUAAAAUAUUAAUCAUAUUAUUGCAUUCAUUGUAAUUUUGUUGUCAGUAAGCAUGGUAUGCAACUUCCAAAUGCAUAACAUAAACAUCAAAAACAUAACAAGCGUCUAUAAAUUCGCACUGACACGAGUGUUUCUUUUAUGAAAUUAAUUCUAUUACCCUUAAAAUUAUGAGAGCAGCUAACACGUAUUUUAUCAGUACUUAUAUGCAAUGUUAUUACCUCUCUAUUUUAACGUAGUUCUUUCUCAUCUAUUAUCAUUUCAUUCAUAUUUUUCACAUGACACAAUAUUUAUUGCUAUGUUAAUGUUGUAAUAAUUGUAAAUAGAUACGAGAAAAAGAGCAUUGUUCCUUUAAAAAUAAUUUCUUCAAAAAGAGCUCUUCAAACUACAGAAAAGAACUGAUUUAAAAACGAAAACUUAAGACUUUGUAAAUACAACUAGCAUAGUGAAAAGUACAAUAAGUCCAGUUCCAGUGAAAGAGAAAAUAGAAGAUGCUUGAGCAAAUUUAUGAAACGAAGAUUUGCAAUCGUAUUCGCAGAGAAAAAUUAAUAACGAGAAUCUUAUUUUAUAAAUAAUCAAAUUGCAAUAAUAGAUUUGAUUCUUUAAGAUUCAUAUUUUAUUUUUCAGACAAUUAUAAAAAAGGAUUCUCUUGAUUACUAAUAAAACUCACAAAAUGAACAAAAAUUACUACUUCUGUGUAACAUCGUACUUUCACUGUGAUAAUUAAUGCAAUAUAAUUGCAGUUACUAAUAGUUACUAUGUUGAUUUACGGAUUGUAUAGAGAGUGAAAAAUCCUAUGACGAGUGAAAGCGCAAGUAAUAUACGAUAUCAUGAUAAUUACGAUUAUACUCGUCAAUUAGAUAAUAUGUAAACAAAGAAAUUUUUGUAUAUUGUUGAUAAAGAGAAUUGUUUCAUUCUUACUUUUUUAAUGACUGUUACAGCAGUAAUAAUAAAUGAGAUUUAUUUUGGAAAAUUUGUUCUUCUGCAACGGCGGUGUAUGAUUUCAGGAAAUAGUUCAGCAAAAAGGCAGCAUUGUACAUAUAUAAAUAAAUACAGAACAGAAUGAAUGCAAUGAGAAAAUGCAUGAUUGCGAAUCGCUCUGAGGCUUAAAUAUAAAAUCGCAUCUGUAUUUUUGUAAAGAAAUAAAAAAAAAUGCUAUAUAAAGAUUUGAGCUUUCAUUAUGUAAAACUAAAUUUUCAUUAAAAAAUGCAAACUGGAAAUCUG